AUGUCUGUUAUUUACUAUAAGCUUAGAUCAGCCAAAGACUCGGAUUACGAUGUAUUCACAUUUGAUGGACCAGGAGCUACUGUCUUUGAUUUAAAACGCGAGAUCAUUCGAGCAAAGAAGUUUGGAAAAGGCACUGAAUUCGACAUUGCUGUUUACAAUGCACAGACAGACGAAGAAUACAAGGACGAUGUGUUUGUUGUGCCCAGAAACACAUCUGUCAUUGUGAGACGAUUGCCAGCAGCACGGCCUGGUAAAGGAACAGCACAGCGAUAUGUAUUGGGCGUGUUACCGACGGAUGGAAAGGGGGCAGGAGGAUUUGGGAUCAUGAAGGGAGGGCCAUCCAACGCACCAGGCGGCAGUGGCAGUGGCAAUUCAGGUGGCCCUCCCCAUUUGAGUGGAGGCCGAAACAUGGUGCUAAAUGCACAACGACCUCACCCAGCGAAUAAGCCAUCAUCGCAACUGUCUGCAUCUGGAGACGAGGGCAGCAAAAACGAGGGCGAUGAGCCCAAAGACGAUUCAGAGGAGGCUAGAAUCCAAGCCAUGUUUCAGCAAACAACAGAUCAAUGGGGCGCAAUGCAAGAGAGAUUAGCAGAACAACAAUAUAUCCCUUAUAAUGCACGUGGUGGUGAUGCUAGACGUGGUGGAAGAGGCGGUUUUCAAGGUUCUCCCGGCGGAUUAACGCAUAGAGAUUCAUCAGACAACAAAGACGGUCAAAUGCCACAGCGAGUGCCUCCUCCGACGUAUGUGUGCUAUCGUUGUGGUCAAAAAGGUCACUACAUCAACCAAUGUCCCACCAAUGGCGACAAGGAUUAUGAUAAACAUCCUAGAAUCAAGCGUACCACAGGUAUUCCUCGCAGUUUCCUCAAAGUGAUUGAAGAGCCCAAGGACGCAGUGAAAGCAGGUACUGGAGGCUUGAUGGUAACGCCCAAAGGUGACAUUGUUGUGGCACAAGCAGAUUCCUCGUCUUGGGAUAAGCAUGUUGCCAAGACAGCCACCACCAUUGGACUCGGUGUUUCAUCCGCAGGCGAUUUGAUGGAUUGGUACGACUCUAUCCCGGUACCCAAACACUUGCAGUGUCCCAUCUGCAACGGUAUUUUGAGAGAGGCCACCAUUACUCCUUGUUGCGGUGCUAGUUUUUGUGAUGAAUGUAUUCGCGUGCACUUGAUGGAGAAUAAUUUUGCUUGUCAAGAUUGUCAGCAGACAAUUCAAAACGGAUUAGAUGGCUUGAUUCCCAACUUGAAUGUGAGAGAAUGCGUGGAUAAUUACGUUAGAAAGUUUGCUCAUGAUUUCCACAAUAAUGCUGCUAAUGCCAAUGCCAAUACGGAGGCCUCUACACCUUCCAAUAACAACAAUAAUAAUGACAGCAAUGCCAGUAAAGAGUAG